AGUCUCCUUCGGUAACUGCAGCGCUAAACACGGAAGCGCUGCUUCAAGGACCGCGUUCCUCAGACCUUUCUGCCCGCGGUGCAGCUCGGUUUAACGGCUCGGAGUGUCGCCCAGACGGUGAACGGCAUGGCGGGCUCUCAGCUUUGGACUGCGGCCCUGACGACGGUUCUGGCCGCAUUGAUAUUUCAGGCAAACGGCGGCUCCUUCAGCCUGAGGAGAGUCAGACACGCAAAGGUUUUGGGUUUUGACUGGAAGAACUGCGGAAGUCCUGAAGCUCCGGCAGUACUAAAGACCCUGACCCUAUCUCCAGAUCCCAUCAAGAUCCCAGGGUCACUGACAGCUGCGGCAUCUGGAUCCACUUUGGUUGAACUCAUCGCCCCUCUCUCUCUGAAUGUGACUUUGGAGAAGGAGGUUGCAGGUUUCUGGGUGAAGGUCCCCUGCCUGGAGGAGCUGGGCAGUUGUCACUAUAAGGACGCCUGCGACCUCCUGAACCAGCUGAUUCCACCGGGACAGGACUGUCCUGAACCACUGCACACCUACGGCCUACCCUGCCGCUGUCCCUUCAAAGCUGGCUCGUACUCGCUGCCUCAGUCCGAGUUCUACCUGCCCUACAUGGACCUGCCUUACUGGCUCACCAACGGGAACUACAGGGUCCAGGGCAACCUGGGUGGUGGGGGAAAAGGGCUGGCUUGCCUAAAACUGUCCCUGUCCAUUCACUCCGACUGAGGAUGCAUCCCAGAACAACUUCAGUUUUAUAGUGUUUUCAACGUUUGAUCUAUGUUUGAUUCACAUUUCAGCACCUCAGUUUCUCCACACCAGGAGAAUCAGACACGGAAAGGUAGAUCAGGUACUAAUAAUGCUUUUCAUUUUAACAUGUUCAUGAGUUUUAACACUGGAAUCUCUUUAUACAUGCUGACUGUUUUCUUUUCUUUUGUCUACUAAAAAGCAGCCCCAGAAAACUGACUUAAAAAAAAAAAGUAAUGAAAUGGUUGAAUAUUCUGCUGAAAAUCUUUCAAUAUGCGGAUCGUAUGUUUAUGUUUUAUGGUUUUAUAAAUGGAAAGAAAUUGGAAAUUGGAGGGAAAAAAACAUGCUUUUUCUCGUGAGAGUUUUCUUCUACUUUUGAUUUUGUCUUUUGUCAGAAGAUAUUUUUUCUAAAUCUAAAUUUAGUACAAAUAUGUUGUUUUUUCUAUUUGGGAUCACAAGCCUUUUCUAAUAAAUAAAGUGAACAGAUGUA